CUCCCUCCCCCUUCAUCACCCGUUUUUACAGUCAUCGGUCAGAAGUCAUUUCAGAAAUCAGAUUCCAUCAACCACUGGCAAGCAGAACUGUUUAUCACAGGACUUGUCACAUCGUAGGAAUCUACGCUUUGAAAAUAGCCGUGACAUUAAGCGCAACAACAAACUCUUUAGACGCAGUUCCCUCGCCAUAACUGCUCCUUCGUUUCUCAUCACUUCAGACGAGCACUUCAUCCGGUGUUGUCUCCCCUCCGCCAUGUUAAGGAUUUGUCUCUGUGUAAGUCUCAUCAUUAACAUUGCCUUGUCACAACAGGACACUGAGGAGCCCGUCACCUACACAUGCACUGAUGGCUACGAGUAUGACAGCGCGAGACAAGUCUGCCGAGACAUAGACGAGUGUGUCACUCUGGCCGACGCCUGCAAAGGAGGCAUGAAGUGUGUCAACCACUUCGGCGGCUACCUCUGCCUGCCCCACAGUGCCCAGAUCAUCGUAAGCAACGGCGAGGAGGAGGAGGUGGCCGACCCCACGCCGCCGCAGCCUGCUCUGCCCGCUGUCCGUGUGCCUCACGUCCCAUCUGGCCCCGCGUCGACCGGCGGCGACCUCGCCCGUGGCCUACCCGCGCAGGGACACACCAUCCAGUGCUCCGCGGGAUUCGUGCCGGACGAGCACGGCUACUGCCGAGACAUUGAUGAGUGCACAGGUAACCCAUGCCAACAACAGUGCAUCAACAUCCUGGGCUCCUUCAUAUGCAAGUGUGACCAUGGCUACGAUCUGGCACCAGACGCCGUGUCAUGCCAAGACAUCAACGAGUGUGCCUUCUCGCCUUACAUGUGCCAGGGGGACUGUGUGAAUCAGCCAGGCAGCUACGUGUGUGUGUGCCCCGACGGCUACCAGCUACAGGCCGCCCGCCUGUGUCAGGACAUAAACGAGUGUGAAGCGAGCCAUAACUGCCGUGAGGACCAGAUGUGUUGGAACUACCACGGAGGCUUCCGCUGCUAUCCCAGAAACCCCUGCCGUGAGCCCUACACGCAGACUGGAGAGGGGCGCUGUAGUUGCCAGUCGGCGGCGGUGUGCCGUGGCCUGCCCCCCUCCAUCGUGUACAAGUACAUGAGCAUCACGUCCGAGCGCUCGGUCCCCGCCGACAUCUUCCAGAUCCAGGCCACCAGCGUCUACCCCAACAUGGUCAACACCUUUAGGAUCAAGGCAGGCAACGAAGGAGAGGAGUUCUACCUCAGGCGCACCAGUAACGUGAGUGCCAUGCUGGUGCUGACACGCCCUCUGCGGGGCCCGCGCGAGCACGUGGUGGACCUGGAGAUGGUCACCCAGAACAGCGCCCUCAACUACCGCUCCAGCUCCCUCCUCAGGCUCACCAUUGUCAUCGGAGCACACACAUUCUAAAGGAGACGCACGCGCACACACACACACACACACACACACACACACACACACACACACACACACACACACACAAACACACACACACACACACACACACACAAACCACCUACCACUACUGGAUACUUCUGCAGCUGAUCAGUUGAUCUUUUAGAUUGUGCACCACACAUUAAAACACACACAUACCACACACACACACACACACACACACACACACACACACACACACACACACAUUCACUCUUUAGUCAAACAUCUGCACACGUACAGCGAGAGGCAGUAACAUAACCAGUUCCAGCAUAACCAGUGAUGAUGUCAUUAUCACAGCACUCUACAGUCACAUUCCAUGCUGUUGUCAUUUGUUUCUAUGUUGUCGAGUAGUAAGGCUUACGGCCUUUGCGCGAUGAGUCCAUUUUGUUUUGUGUGAAAUUGUCAGGAAGUUUGAAAAAUAAAGACAACCUCAUGUUCUGCCAAUGACAUUUGUACACAGACUCCGAAAACGUUAGUCCUAUCAAAAGUCUUCAGAAUAGGUUUGGUUUUCUGUGUAUUUCACAUUCUCAUAGUGUCAUAGUGAAUGAGGUUUCCUAGUGCAACAUUCUCUUUUUGACACGCCAAAAUAACACAUGCAAAAUUACGGAUUUCGGUAUGCAAAGGACUGCAGCCCAUCAUAGCAUCACUGUCCACACCAGGUCAUCAACACAUCACAGCACCAGGCUUCUGCCUUCAGUUAAGUUUCUAUAGAGUUCACAGUAACACACACUCAGACACAGUUACUACACAGUGAAACAACAACGUUUUCUCCACUGGUGACCAAUCAAAGGCUUUUAGUUUCCUCCUCCUCUUCCUCCUCCUCCUCCUCCGGCUACAGGGAUACUUUAAAGUGUCCCAAUGACGAGCAACAAACUCCAACAAACAACCAACAGUUGGGCCAGUGUACACAGUCAGUCUGUGUCUGUUGGUCAGAGUACACAGUCAGUCAGUCUGUGUCUGUUGGUGUUUCUCUGUGUUAGACCAGAUCAGUUCACACACACACCAGGCCCCUUUCAACCCAGACCUGUCCAGCCUGGUCCAGACCAGUUCUGUGGUGUGGUCCAUAUUACAGGAUUCUGUAAGUCAGUCCGGGAGGGGGAGGGGUUCAGGAUGACACCUUAACACAUCAGACCCCUUUCAGCUCUAAGAUUGGUCAGUAUUAUCCGAGACCUGUCGGUGGGGUCAGCAGUUCUAGAGGAGUUCUGGAGAACUCAAUUCUGGAGGAGUUCUGGAGAACUCAGUUCUGCUCUACCCUUGAUCCAGACCUUGCUGUCGUCGGACCUGAUUAGAACACAGUCUGGUCCAGACUCAAUGGUCCUGUGUGUGAGUCCAGCAGAGGUGGUUACCGUUAGACUACAUGGGCCGGUUUCCCUUACUAAGACUCCUUAAAGUCCUAGACUAUAAGAUACAUUUAGUGAAGAAAUUGGAUGUUAGUAUACGCCAGAGAGGGUUCAGAACACACGGACGAGACCGAGACCGGUUUCGGCUGGUCCAGAUGCAAGGGUUUUGUUAGUAAGAGGGUUCAGAACACACGUACGAGACCGGUUUGAGCUGGUCCAAAUGCGAGGGUUUUGUUAGUAAGAGGGUUCAGAACACACAUACGAGACCGGUUUCGGCUGGUCCAGAUGCAAGGGUUUUGUUAGUUAGAGGGUUCAGUGAGUUCUGACUCUGGUUCUGGGGGAGGUGGAGUGCCUCAGCCUGGAUCCCCUGGUGCUGACAGAACAUGCCUCAGAAUGAGAUAAUGGAAAAAAAGAAUACAUUUGAACGGGUUCACCCCUUACUCUCUCUCUCUCUCUCUCACUCACUCGCUCACCCCUCACAGAGUUUGCUGCUUUUGACCUCUCCAGUGGGAACUCUCUCUCUCUCACUCUCACACACA